AUGUUUUCCAUAAUCAGAUAAUUCAAUUUUAUCUUUUAAAUUCUAGAACAGAAUUCAUCAAAUAUUUUAAAAAUUAAUUAUUCUUUUAUAUCAUUUAUUUUAUUAUUUAAUUUAUUAAACAAAUCAUUUGAAAGCGAAUCAUAAACCUUUUCAGAACAAAUUAAACUAUUAUUAGGAGGUAUUGUAAGGAAGAUUUUAGGGAAUGCUAAAAAAUCAGAAGAGAAUAAAUAGAAAAUUAUUUAAAAUCUAUAAUAUGCUCAAGAAAAAUUCCAAAUAAGUAUUGAAAAUAAAAAUUCAAAUAAAGCAUCUUAGUUCUAAAAGAAAAUAUAAAAUUUAGAAGGAGAAAUGCAGAAAAUCAAUCAAAAGGAUAAAAUUGUUAAAGAUUAUCAUCAGGUUUAUGAUAGAUUGAUCCAAUAACUUUAAAUUACUCAAGAUUAAAAAGCAAACACACUAUAAUCAGCUUAAAGAAAUAAUCAAUUAGUUUACAAAGUCAAGUUUAUAAAAAAACAUAUAGAUCCACUUUUUGAAAUUUGCCAACGUUGCAACAAUGUAUCUUUAUUAUUUAUAGUUUUAGCUUUUUAAUUAAUAUCUUUAAUUUGGUGUUGAUAUUAAAUUUUAAUAAUCAGAUAUACUUAAGAUUAGCCUGAUAAUAGACUAGAAAAAAAUAAUAAAUCAUAAGACGAAAUGAAUUAAAUUCAGUAAAAGAAGAAAUAACUCUAAAGUGAUUCAUAAUUCUAAUCUUAAUUCAACUUGUUUGAUCGUAAAAAUAGUCAAAGGGGAAAAGAAAACCCUUAUUAAUAUGAAGAAAACAAAAUUUAUCACUAGUUCUAAGGGGGUUAGUAUGAAAAUAAAAAAUUCAUAUAAUCAUAAUAAGAAGAUAAAUAUUCGAAAUAAUGGAAUAAAAAAUACUAUGAAUAACCCAAAAAGCCAUAUUAGAAGUACCAUCUUUUAGAUAUUGAUCAAUAAUUUGACACUGAAGAUAAAAAUUAAGAAUAUGAAAAUCCCAAUUAAAUGAAAAAACAGCAGCUUAAAACAGAAACUUUAUUAGAUGAUUCUAAUUGA